AUGUAUUUGAGAAGCAAUGAAUCAUCGACGAACCUUUUGUCAAAAUCAUUCGUACCUCAAUGGCCCAUUCCAAACCGAACAUCUGCGGCUGAAUUUCCAAUUCUAAUUCCAAUUCCAAUUCCUACAUUGGAACCUAGCUCCAGUCCAUUAUCCAAAGCCAAACUGCACUCCAACUACCACUGGCGCAGAUAUAUCCAAAAACAUUAUUCCUUCGAAAAUUCCUCCCAUUUCAUAGACUGUCUUCCGGUGGAAGCCUUCCCACCUUCCUGCGACAAAUUUUUUUUGUAUAGGUGCGGGGAUUGUGGAUGUCGUCGCAAGCUUGUAAAGUUGUGUUUGGCCGAAGUAGAAAAUGCGAUGCGAUUUUCGUUCAAAAUCUAG